AUGUCGACGGGCAAACCCAGAGAUGGUGACUUUCAGAUAGUCGCAGCACCGGGAAAUUCGAAGCCGCCCCUUCCGCCAACAGCUGCAUCGAGUGCGAUAGUGGAAUAUACUCCGCCCGUUUUCAAGGAGGAAGAUGAGGACCUAGAAGUCAAGCUCCGACGAAUUAUUGACAAUGUUCCUGUUCGUGUUAGCAACACUUCUGGUAGUUCUGCCGGUUCAGGCUCCGGCGACUUCCACCAGUAUCGGCAGAUGAGACGCAAGGAACAAGAUCGUCUUGCAAGGAUGGAAGUUGACUACCAGAGAAGAAAAGAGUUGGCAGAAUUUAAUUUGAGAAGAGAGGAAAGAUUAAAAGCCGCAGAGGAAAGGACAGCAAAAAAACGAUUAAAGCGUCAAAAGAAGAAGCAAAGGAAAAAGGAGAAAAAGAUCAAAUUAAAUGCGGAAGGAGAACAGCAGCGAGAGAAAGAAGACUGCUCAAGUGAUGGAGACUCUGAUUAA